AUGGCCAUUGUGGCCCUUUUUGUCGGCAUUGGCGUACCGUCCGACGUGCAUGGGGAGGACUCGCAGCUCGCUUUUCCUACGGCCGGCUUGGUCACAAGCACCGAUGCCAAGGACAGCCCCUUCCAAGACCUGCUAUCAGUAGCUACAUGUGCAUCUUACGGCACGGCAUCACAGGCGGGCAUCUCCGAAGUGGCGUACAUGCCUGCGCGCAAUAGAGAGUCUGGCACAAGAAACGCCGCCACCGUGACCACGACCGCGGGCCACCCCUGGUCGCUUGCUGAGAAGCUGGACGCGGGUAUCGACCGGUUUGAGGGCAAUACCGUCGGAGUUGGGCGUGGCUCCUCAGGACAGCCUGCUGUGAACGUUAACCGCGAGAUUGUUCGUAUCAGUGCCGUUUUGAUACAGUCAUCCUAGGACUUCGAUGGUGCAUUCGAAUUGGAGAUGUGUGUACCCUGGAGCGGGUGCAGUAUGCGGAC